AUGCCAUCGCAAACUCAAUACGAAAAUUUAUUAAUGCUUAAUUCUACUACUCUUCAGUGUCCUUGUCACAAUAUUUCUAUACCAUACAAACACUUUAUUACAAUUAAUAAUACUUUUCAUCAAGUAUGUUCGAGUGACUUUGUAAAAGAGAAAUGGAUUGACUUUUUAUUCAUCGGUGGUAAAUGGAGAAACUAUGAUAGAGUUGAUCUUCGUAGUCGAGGAGCCGCAUAUUUUGAUCUUCUUUCAGCCUUAUGCAAAAUUUCAAAAAUAACUAUUAGCAACGCCAUUGAACAGUUCUUAGACGAUGUAUUUAUAAGUGCUACAGUAGUGUCUGAAUCAGAAUUUAACAUGCAUAUGAACGUUAUUAUUAAUCAAUUUAAAACAAAUACUCCAGCUCGAUUUUCUCGUGACUUGCAAUUACUACGUGAUUCAACACAUGGAAAUGCUUUUAUAUCUGGUUAUUUUUUGAAUUGGUAUUGGUGGAUAAACUAUGAUAUUGAUGAUGUUACAGUUCCUACAGGUGUAGUUACGCUAAAAAAUGGAUGUUCUUGCGGAACACAAAAAGAUUGCAUAACAAAUGCAGGUAUUUAUGAUUCGAAUUCUGGAAUUCAACAUUUUGAAAUACCAGGAUGGAAUAUAGGCUGUUCAGUCAUUGAAACAUUACUACAUUCAACAUUUGAAUGUUUUUAUAAUCAAACAUGUCUUGAUAUAUUGAACUAUUACAUUAGAACAAUUCCUCCAAUCUCUUAUGAAAAAGUAAACAUAACAGCAAUGAACUCUACAAUAAAAAGUCGUUUCGAAACAAAUACAAUUAUCAAUGAUAUCAUUGACAAUCUUUUUAUUGAGCAAUGGGAAAUAAAUGUAUCCUAUGCAACAUUCUAUCAACAAUGUUCUCCAACUUGUUGUUCAUAUUCAAUUUCAAAACGUAACAAUUUUUUCUACAUUAUAUCAAGAAUUUUAGGGUUAUGUGGUGGAUUUACUGCUAUCCUAAAAAUUGUUGUUCCACACUCGAUCAAUCUCAUGUUAAAAAUUAGAAAUCGUUGCUUCAGACACACAGCUAUCUCAUUUGCUUAUUCUUGUGCUUAA